CUCUUUUGGCCAUAACAGACAGCACUUCCAUCAGAGCAUUUGAUACAGGAAUUCGAGACGCAUCAGAAGCUUGCCACUAGAUCGAGAAAUAAGACACAAUGGCGACCAAACAGCAGACCUCGACGAAGCCGACGAUGGAGAAUAACAAUGUCGCCGGCGGCCGCCUCGCCCUCUUCUCCAAAGACCCUCCAGUCGGUUUCUUCAAAGACGGCUACUGCAGAUCCGGCCCCGACGACAAAGGCAACCACUCCGUAGCCGCCACCGUCACCUCGCAAUUCCUCGACUUCACCGCCUCAAAAGGCAACAACCUCAAAGACGUAGGCGUAAAACCCGGCCAAAAAUGGUGUCUCUGUGCUUCGCGAUGGAAAGAGGCUAUGCAAGCUGUUUCAGAUGGGAAAUUGCAGAAAGAGCAUGUGCCAAAGGUACAUUUGCAUGCUACGCAUGAUGCUGCUUUGAAGGAAGUGGAGUAUAAGGAUCUGAAGCAGUAUGCUGCGGAGGGUGAGGCGGCGCAGUCGCAGAGACAGGAAGGUCAUCAUACGCCUUCGAGUGCGGGAUCGAAGGUUGCGAAGGAGCAUCAUGAGAUUAGCAGUCAUGACAAGUCGCUUGCGCCUGGGUCCGCUUCUGGUAUGAACAAGACUGGGUCGGUGUCAGAUACCAGCGCAACUAGAGGAUAAUUUUGUUUCAAAAGCGAUACAGCAGAAUCAAAG